UCAGAAAGAGUGUAGGAGUCUGAGAAAGAGACAGAGAGAGAGGAAAAAUGAGAGAGAGAUGCACAUAAAGUGUCUGAGUGGAUAAAGAAAGAGAUAGUGUGGUUGAGAGAGAAGGGGAGAACGUUUAGAUCUGGGCUAUGUGUAUAGCAGUAGAUAGUUAGCAUAACAUAUACAUAGCCUACAUAAUCUGUGAGAGAGAGGUUGUCUAAAGAGCAGUUGGAACGAUCUCUAACUGAGUCCUAAAGUUCGAGCCAUAAACAGCCAUGGAGUUUACCAGACGUUACCUGCCCAUGGAAUGGGAGGAACGGUGGAGGAAAGAGAAGGAAAGGAGGAGAAGGGUGAUUGAGGAAGGAGGAGAAGAGGUAGAAGCGGACGAUCGAAAGCUGAGGUGGAUUGUGGCCUACAACAACAACCGGAUGGGCGUGAUGAGGAGAAAGGAGAAAGAGGGAGCAAGGGUCAAGAAGAGGAACGACAGCACGGCAAGCCAGGGAGAAGAGGAAGAAGAAGAGGAAGUGUCAGAGGAAAGGAGGGAAGGACUGGGAGAUGAAGAGAAGGUUCGUACAUUCUACAGACAUACCUAUCCUAAAGAGGUAUUCCAGGGUCUGGAGCAGCUCAGGGACUCCUCUCUCCUCACUGACCUGACUCUGAGCACUGAGGCUGGGCAGCAUCUUUAUGCACACUCCCCUGUCCUGGCUGCUGUGAGCACCCUUGUCCACCAGAGACUGCAAGAGAGGGAUGAAGAGAUGGAGAAGAGGAGGGGGGGGAGAGAUGUUGACAUGGACAUAAAGACAGAGAUAUUCAUCAGUCUGGGUCCUGAGGUGGGGCUUGUGGGGCUGGCAGGGGUAGUGGAGUUUGCCUACACUGGGGGCUUAGCAGCUCUGAACAGACACACACUGGCCCAGAUACAGACUGCAGCUACAACACUAGGGGCCCCCAGAGUACUAGAACUCUGCAGUGAAGAGGAGGAGAAAAUGAAGAAGGGAGUAGAGAAGAGGGCAGAAGAGAAGAAUAUCUCUACUGAAGAACAGAUGAAGGUCAGUCUUCAGUCCAUCAGAGAGCUGUGGGCAGAGAGAGUGGGCUGUGAUGUGGAGCUGGAGGUUGGAGGAACAUCAUUCCAUGUCCACAGAGUGCUCCUGGCUGCCAGUAGUGACUACUUCCGGGGAAUGUUUACCAGCGGGAUGAGGGAAUCACAGCAGCCCUGUGUGGCCCUUCCCUUCCUGGAGGCAUCUGAGCUUGAGGCUCUGAUUGGCUGUUCCUAUAGCGGGUCCCUCUCCCUCAGCUGGGGGUAUGUCUUUGAGAUCACCUGCACCGCCCUGCAGCUCCAGUUCCAGCCCACCCUCUUGCUGUGCCUUGAUUUCCUGGAACGGGAAAUGGAUGCCCACUCAUGUCUGGAUGUGGCCUCCUUUGCCCUGGCUUAUGGGAUGCCGGGACUCCUUGAGGAGGCCGAGGACUUUGUUCUGAGGAACUUCCAAGAAGUGUCUACCAGCCUGAAAUUCCUGGACCUUCCGGCUGAUAAACUGCUGGAUUUUCUCCACUCUGACGGCCUCUGCGCGCCCUCAGAGCUGGCCGUGUUCAGGGCUGUGGUGGUCUGGGUAGAGGCCAACCCGGCAGAGAGGCUAGCCCAGGCCCAGGAGCUCAUGACAGGAGUCCGCUUCCAGCUCAUGACCUUUAAGGAGUUCAGAGAGGUCAGGGCAAUCAACCUGCGCAUGGAGUGCAGCAGCGACACAGAGGUGAAUCUGUACGGCUCAGCCCUCAAAGAGUUUGGCUUCAGUCUCCCCGAGACCCUGGACCAGUGCCGGAUCCGACGGCCCAAAGACGCCCUGGUUCUGGUCGGAGGCGACCAGCUGGAUCCUGACUUGGGUAAACGGCUUCCCAGCAGGCAGCUGUGGUUCGCUAACUCCCUCCGCACCGGAACAGGCCUGGUGAAGGCCAUGGACUGGAGGAUUCUGGGAGAGAUACCAGAGAAGCCCAGGUUUAGACACGGGGUGGGGGUGAUGGAGGGGCGGCUGUACGUUAUCGGAGGGUGUGAGUUCUACACAAAGACUGAUACGCUGAAAUCAGUAUACAGGUAUGACCCCAUGCAGGACAGCUGGCAGAGGUUGGCUGACAUGCAGGAGUACAGGAGUAACUUCUCGGUGGUGGUGUGGGGUGAUCGUCUCUACGCCAUCGGAGGAGACAUGGACAUGAAUACCAACCUGGACAGUGUGGAGGACUACAGCCCCGUAUCUGACACCUGGAGCUUUGCCAAGCCUCUGGACCAGGCCCUGAGUGGCCACGCUGCCACAUUGUUGGAUGGAGAGAUCUUCAUCUCAGGGGGGUUCGACUGCAGGUACCAGUGUCUGACGUCCAUGUUCCUGUACCACCCUGAGAGAGGAACUACCUACCUGGCAGAGAUGAGCCAGGAUCGGGCCCAGCACUGUAUGGAGGUCCUGCAUCAUGGUGGUGGUGGUCUCUGCGUGGUUGGAGGGGUGUGUAACCUACAUACAUUCUACACCGACCAGCUGGCCUGUGAGGUCUACGACUCUGUUAGUGACUCCUGGAGCGCCCUCACGCCCCUGGCCAUCCCCCAUGUUGGAGCAGCCUCUGUGGUUCUGGAGGGGAAGAUCUAUGUGCUGGGAGGAUACUGCCAAGAGGACUACAGGGAGACCAGACUGGUUCACCGAUAUGAACCCAUUACCCAACGUUGGGAGAAUAUAGGCAAGAUGCCCGGACCUAACACUGACAUAAGAGCCUGUUUGCUCCACCUGCCCAAACACUUGAGACAAUGAGAGAGGGAACUUUCGAGGGUGAUAAAGUUCCACAUUACAUUGAAGUUGUUUUUUAUGAACUGAAAAACACUUAGAAAGAGGCAGGACUACUUUAAUGCUCCACCUGCUUGCCCACUUGAGACAAUAAAACCAUGAGAGAGGGUGGGUCACAUGGUGAGAAAGAGGGCUGGGUUUGCCAUAUAUAAAAUAAAAUGAAUCUGACUAAAACACAGAGAAAGAGCUAUGCUGGCAUUUGUGAAUCUACAGGUGCGAAAAAAAACAUAUUGUAUGCCAGAAAUCAUAGCCUAAUUCUUUAUGUCAUUGAUAUAUUGUUUUCAUUGAAAAACAGCCAAUUCCAUUCGUAUGUGGAAUAAACCUACCUUACCUCGGGUGUUUAAUGACAGCACCUUAAAGUCCUGGUUCCAAAGUGCCAUCAUGAAUUUUUAACAUUCUUUGAUGGAUAUCUACUGUCAUUCAGUCAAUUACAAGAAAUAUUUGGAUUAACCCAGGCUGUUCUUUAAGUUCCUACAACUCCGAAAUCUUAUUUAAUCACUUCAACAGAAUCUGGAUGAACCUAAGGCAUCUAGCGUAGAAAAAAUACUGGAAGAUGUUGCUAGGACAAAUAAAUUGAUUGCCAAGUUAUAUCAAGGGUUGAUUGAAACUCUUAACUGAUGGUUCAGAACCUAUACGGAAACAAUGGGAAACAGAUCUAAAGGAAGAAAUUGAGGAGAACCAUUGGUCACAGAGAUAUAAAAAUGUUCAUACCUGCUCCUACAACCUGACAUAAAUUACUGCAAUUUAAGAUCAUUCAUGGGACGUUUUACACUCCUGCCUUAACACAUACAGUAUAAUGCACCCAGAAAUAUCACAUCUCUGUUGGAGAUGCACAAAGGAAUACUAUUGCAUAUGCUGUGGUCCUGUGACAAACUGACACCAUUUUGGGGUCAUGUACUGUAUGUCCUAUUUCCUUGUCACUGGGAAUGUUUUUCCCUCCAUCUCCACGGUUCUGUCUGUUGGGAUAUGUCAAUAUUUGGGAUUCAUCUCAGAGAAAGCUUUGUUGUCAAGGUCUGUAUAGGCAUCAAUUGAAAAGCCUCAUAUUCACCAGUAAUAGCAAACUGGAGGACUGAACUAUCUAGCUACAUACUGUACCAUUGGAUUUUAUAUAUUAUAAAAUUAAAUUUAAAAAUGGAAGUGUUUGACGAAAUUUGGUAACCAUAUGUUGAUCACUUUGGGGAUGUGUUGUGUAGUGGGCAUUUUGUUUUGCGAAGUGUUGUUUGUCAGGUGCUGUUUUUUUACUGUUUGUAGAAAACAAAAGAAAAAUGAAUGUAUGUGUGUUGAUAGUAUUACAUAACUUAUGACCUCCUUACUGUCACGCCUUGGUCUUAGUAUUUUGUGUUUUCUUUAAUUAUUUGGUCAGGCCAGGGUGUGACAUGGGUUAUUG